CAAAAGACUCCCGGAAUGCCGUUCCUGCAGCCCAACACGUCCUGAAUUUUCUGUUAUUAUUAUUUUCUUAUUUAUUUUACGCAAAACAUUAUUUCCUCACAUUUAAGCCAUAGCAUGCCACUUAGGCUAAGCCUAUUCCCAGGCCUCCGACCCCUCAAUCCCUCCCUGGCGGUGGCUCAUUUCACAUCCAUGAUGUCAAUCCCACCGUUAAAACCCACCCGCCCUGUACCCAUUUUCUCCCGGGUCUUCCCCCUCAGGCUAAAGUACCAUUCUGUUAGGUUCCCAAUUUUAUCCACCAAUGGCCAUGACCAGGAGCAGCAAAUUCGGACGCAUUUUAGUAGCACUCGUAAGCUCUCUACCCGGGGAAGAACGAGUUCCGCCACCAGGCCCUCCUCCAAGAGUUUGAUUGAGGACGAGGCUGACCUCAGUGACUGGGUCAGUGGGUUGAGUUCUAAGUCUUUUUCCAAAACUCAGGUAUUUAGUGACAGUGAGGACGACGAUAGUAAGGGAAAUAGUCUCAGGAAUAGGACUAGCGGUGGUGGUGUUUUUAGUAGAGAUAGGGUUGCUGGUAAUUGGGGUAAAAGGGGGAGGGAAGAGAGAGGUGGGAAGAGGAGGAGAGAUGGGGAUUCCGAUGAUUUUCAGGCUUCCAACAGGCGUGGUGGGCCUCGUGAUUUGGAGGGAUCGUUCCCACGGAGGAAAGGGAAGUUUAGUGGUGGUGAGUGGGGAGCAGAGGAUGACAAGGAGCCAAUCUUCCGGAGGAGGGGUAGAGAGAAUGCUAUCUUUAGCAGAGAGAGAGCUUGGGGAUCAGAUGACAGAUUCUCGAGGGGUCCCAGGGGUAAUAGACUGAAUGACGUGUUUAGCAGGGAAGAAGCUCGGGAUUCAAAUGAGAUAUUUUCAAGAGGUUCAAGGGAUAGAAAGAAUGGUAGCGACUUGCAAAGGGCUCGACUUUCAAACAAAACAUCUUCCCGGGGUUUAAGGGAUAGACGGAAAAAUGGGGCCCCAAGAGAGCAAAUGGAAGGUAUUGACAUGAAUUAUGGAAGAAAUGCUAGAGGGAAAGGGGCAGGGCGAGGGAAAUCGAUAGCAUCUGAUGAAGAGGACGAUGAAGAUGAGGAAGAAGACGAGGAGGAGAAGGGGUAUAUGAGGUUUAAAGAGUUGAUUGAUAGUGAAGAAAGCAGUGAAGAACUUAAUGAUGAUGAUGAUGAUGUUGGCAAUUAUGUGUCCGAGAAAGAAAGCGCCUUCUCUCAGGGUGAGGGUGAUGGUAUGCCAAAGGCUUCACCCUCAAGUUCUUCAGAGAGAAGUGACUCAUACCUUAGUGAAACAAGGUUUGAAGAAUGCUCUAUCUCUCCCUUGUCCAUCAAAGCACUUAAAGAUGUUGGUUAUGAGAGGAUGACUGUAGUACAGGAGGCAACCCUUCCUGUCAUUCUAAAAGGUAAGGAUGUCCUGGCCAAGGCAAAAACUGGCACUGGGAAGACAGUGGCAUUCUUGCUUCCUUCUAUCGAGGUAAUUACAAAAUCACCACCUGCAGCUCGUGAUCAGAAGCGACCUCCAAUACUUGUGCUUGUCAUUUGCCCAACCCGGGAGCUUGCAAGUCAAGCUGCUACAGAGGCCAACACAUUGUUGAAAUACCACCCUUCAAUAGGUGUUCAAGUUGUAAUAGGUGGUACAAGGCUUGCAUUGGAACAGAAAAGAAUGCAAGCAAAUCCAUGCCAGAUUCUUGUGGCUACACCUGGAAGACUUAGAGAUCAUAUUGAGAAUACAGCAGGGUUUGCAACUCGUUUGAUGGGUGUUAAAGUGUUGGUGCUUGAUGAAGCUGAUCAUUUGUUAGAUAUGGGAUUUCGUAAAGAUAUUGAGAGAAUCAUAGAUGCCGUUCCAAAACAGCGCCAGACACUUCUUUUUUCUGCUACCAUACCACAGGAGGUUCGUCAUAUAUGUCAUAUUGCUUUAAAAAGAGAUCAUGAGUUCAUCAACACAGUUCAAGAGGGCAGUGAAGAGACACAUUCACAAGUUAGACAGAUGCAUAUGGUUGCUCCUCUAGACAAGCAUUUUACGCUUCUUUAUACUCUACUGAAAGAGCAUAUAGCUGAUGAUGUUGAUUAUAAGGUUCUUGUGUUUUGCACAACUGCAAUGGUCACAAGACUUGUUGCUGACCUUCUUGCUGAACUUAACUUGAAUGUCCGAGAAAUUCAUUCUAGAAAGCCCCAGAGUUACCGAACCAGGAUUUCAGAUGAAUUUCGAAAAUCAAAAGGUCUAAUUCUUGUGACAUCUGAUGUAUCUGCACGUGGGGUUGAUUAUCCAGACGUGACUCUUGUUGUUCAGAUUGGUUUGCCAGCUGAUAGACAGCAAUAUAUACAUCGACUAGGUAGAACUGGGCGCAAAGGCAAAGAAGGUCAAGGCAUGUUACUAUUGGCCCCUUGGGAGGAAUUCUUCUUGUCAACCAUUAAAGACUUGCCAACAACGAAGGCAGAGGUACCUUUGGUUGAUCCAGACACAAGGAAAAAGGUGGAACGAGCACUAUCCCACGUGGAGAUGAAAAACAAGGAAGCUGCGUAUCAAGCAUGGCUUGGUUAUUACAAUUCCAACAAGACUGUGGGUAGAGACAAGUACAGGCUUGUUGAGCUCGCCAAUGAAUUCAGUCGAAGCAUGGGAUUAGACAAUCCUCCGGCAAUUCCCAAGCUAGUGCUAGGCAAAAUGGGUUUGAGGAAUAUUCCUGGACUGCGCUCUAAAUAGUUGAGGCAGCAUUCUUCAAAUAGGCAAAUUACUUUUUAUUUCCAUGUGGUUUGAACAUAGGGAUCCUGUAAAUCCCUUGGGAUUAUAAAUAUGCCUUUUUUUUUUUUU